GUUCGAAAAGUUGAUCUCCAGAUACAACAAGCGAGGCAAAAGUCGGACGUCCCUUUCCGAGAACAGCUUGAUCAUCAAAAAACAUUACCUCCGAAAGAUUUGCAUGGAGUACCCCCGACGGUAGUUUAGGCUAAGCAACAACAAGGGGACGAUAUGGUGGUUCGAACAGACGAUAGUAAUGGAAGCAGACAACCGGCAGACGAUGACGAAGCUUCUGUUGCUAGUCGGUUCUCCCUCAAGGAGAUUGCGACAAGAUUGAGGGGAUCUGUGAGGAGUCGCGCGGAAGGGUAUCGUCAGGAGGAACUGGCGGCAGCUACUAGGGCGGCCAUGGCUGCAACUGGAAAGCCCUACGCUUCUACCCUGAAGAAUAUUGCUGCCAAGAUGCAGGAUGAGAUUGAUGUUUCCAAUAGCGGCACAUCGACAAGAAGGACGGAAAAGCCACCCCAUCCAGAGAAUAGCCGCAGCACCAACAACAACAGCGGCGAGAAACCGCCCAGGGCAAAGGCUCAUGACAGACUUCCUUCUACACCACAAUCCUAUCAACACCGAAUGCAAGAGAGGAUGCCUUCAACUCCACUGUCCUAUCAACACCGAAUGAAUGAUAGGUUGCCACCAACUCCUCAGUCAUAUCACCAGCGAGUGCAAGCUGCGGAUGAGGCAUUGGAUAAGUUGAGGGCUCAAUUGACGCAGCCUGGUACGCCAAGAGUGGAUCUCACCCCCCGAAGCCGGUACCGAUACACACCUCGUGAGGACAGCAACGACGAAAGGAGAGAUGACGUAGAGCAACGAUCCAUCAAGCUCACCAAUAGCUCUCAACUGAGCUCUAGUGAUGGUUCUUCUUCGACGCAGCGAGAUCAGGGUUCACGAAUAAGGAUGGCCAGCAAGGACCGUGACAGGGAACAAGAGCUUCGCUUGGCCGCAGAGGAAAAGGUCGCCAGUCUCUAUGUCAAGAUCAGCGACAUGGACCACAAACUGGCAGCGGCAGAAGAACACGUUCGACAAGAGCGAAAGCAAAAACUGGAGUUCCAGCAAAAAGUCGUCAAGCUCGAGAACAUUGAACGUCGACUUGUCACACAGCUCCAUCAAUCAAGGCAAGCCAAGAGUGAUGCCGAGGAAAAAGUUGUCAAGAUGAUGGAACGACUGAAGCAGACGGAUCAACGGUUGACCAUUACCGAGGAGAAACUCAGUUCUUCCCUCCAAAAACAGCAAAAUGAAAGCAACACGACACUGGCUCACAGCAACGAAGUGAAGCAGCUCAAGAGCAAGGUCAAGUCCACAGAGAAGAAGCUGGCCAAGACCAAGGCUGGCUACAAGGCUGUAAGCGAUGAAAACGAAAGCAACAAAAGUUGUAUCCAAAUGUUGCGCAAGCUUGUCGAAGAGAAGGAACAGGAAUUUAUCGCUCAAGCGAAGAAGAUGAGAGAACGCGAAGAGCAACGUCUCAAGGAGCAUGGUCAGACCAAGAAGAAUGAUCAGGACGUUGCCACCUUGCAGCAGAAGCUGAAAGAGAAAGAAAAGCAGGUUGAACAACUUAGGGAGGAGACACGAGUACAGCAAAAGUCACUCGCGACAAAUGCCCUGCAAAACAAAUACCUUCUUUCUUCGCUGGAAAAGGCAAGAGAACAGUGCAAGAAGGAGUGCACGCAACGAAUGUCGAUGGAAUGUGAGCUGCGCAGCUUAAAGACAUCGGGAUCCAUAUCGCGAUGUUCGCAGUCAAGGGCGUCGACGUCGCAUUCGCUGCUACCACCGAGUUCAAUCAAUCGGCCCAGGCCGUCGCCGCUGGCAGUGGGUCCUAUUCGUUCAAAAAAGUCAAAGGACAGCACCAUUACAACGUCGUCCGUGGCAAGCGGUUCCUGGGUAUCAGACUCUCAAGAAGAUAGCGAACAACAUCAUUCCAGAAGUAAAGCUGUCGUGCCCAAGCCAGCAGCUGACAAGUCCCAAGGAAAGCGAAAGGCUGUGGAUGACAACGAAGGUGGUCCUAAAGAAGCCCAAAUGACUAAUGCCAUCGUCUUGGAAUAUGAAAGGAUUCAUGCCCAUGACUGCAAGGAAAACCGCACGAGCAAGGCACUCUCUACGAAGGCUGCUACAAAAUCAACCAAGAAACGUCGUUCCCCAAAGCAAGCCGAUGCCAACACAAACAAGCAGCGCAGCGAGGAAGCUGACAAGAAGGAAAAGCCAAACUUGAAAGCUGCCAAGCCAAUGAAGUCGGUUGAAGCAGCUGCAAAGAAGGUUGAAGCAAGGCGAGAAGAAGCUGUCGAGAUAUUAAGUCGAUACAAACAACACUCCAUGGAACGUCUCGAAUGCACCGCAGGUCAAGAAAUGGGCCGCGCCGAAAUGAAGGAAUUGUCAGAGAUGGAGCCUGCUUCAACUCGAGACAGCGUCAUACCAGCAAGAGAUGAGAAUGUCCGUGCUUCCCCGAAGAAGCAGAAUGGAAGCGCCGGCACAAAUAAAAACCCACCAGAUCCAAAACACCAAUGCAAAGGAACCUUGGACGAGCAAGAAACUCGAGAAUCUACUCGCACAGCAGAAACUGAUGGGGAAGCGAAGGUUGAAAACCAGGCCAAGAGCCUCAAGCAGGAAAUGAUUAAUAGUGAUACCCCUGCAAUCGCCGUCACACAGACAACUGCUGACAUCAUCAGCAGAGAGUCCCAAACGUUGCGCUCGGAGAAACCAACUGGUGCAGAAGCUCCUCCAACGUCAUCGCCAGCAAAUGGACCCUGUUUAAGUUCGCCACCGUCACCAGAAAAGGUCAAAAGAGACGAAAGGCUUUUAGCUAGCGUUCCAAUCCACAUCAAGGACAUGUAUCAGAAGGUUGGCUUUUUCAAGGAUAGAAAGUUGAACCAGUACUUGCCUGUGCUGUGCCUGAAACCGUUCGAGAUGCCCCCCGGUCCAGCACAAAUGGAAGUUCUCAGCGAACCUUCCGAUUUCCUUGGCGUCUACGUCUAUGGCAGGACGUCCUACACAUCUGCAUACCAAUCAAUUAAGUGGUUUCGCAUGAUUCCGUACAAAACUGCAGUAGAGAAAGGUUACCACAAACUUCCACCAAGCAUCGAGGCCAAGAUCGGAGUUGGGUCCCCUCUGCUUGAUACUGAAAAUGAGCUCAUGCGAGGACUCGAGCUGAUAAAACAAGAAGUUCAUAAGGAGACUGAAGAGCGUACUCACCCCUUCCUUUAUUUCCAAAGGACCGGUGAAGAUCUGUGGGGAAAGUCGGGGAUUGAGAAUGGGGAAUCGUUGGGAUGCUGCAAGCAGGCGGAAAAGCCAAACAUUCAGAAGCAAACUUCGGGGGGCGAGUCCACGGAACAGAAUGACGAAAGUUCCACCGUUCGUGCUCAUGCAAGCGAGGAGGACUCCGACAAACAAAUGAAAAUGGCGGGCAAGGACGAAGCACGUUCGCCACUUGCCAUUCAAACCAGACGUACUGUCCCGAUUUCCCCGAGACAUCUCGUAGGAAAUGCGCUAUCACCAGCCAACGGAGGACGCGGACACGUGAUGAUGCCAUCGAACCAAGGACAAGAACGAGGGCAGGAACAAGGGCGAGGACAAAUGAUCGCAUUAUCCGAUGGAACAAAAGAAAAGGUCAUCGAAACCCUGCAGGAGUGUCUGCCUGCUUGUCAAUAUGCUCUUCAAUCCGACAGUCAGGAUGUGCUCCUCAAUGACUUGGCGACAGAGACGACAAGAUCCAAUACUGGCGCCAAAGAGGAAAAGAAAGAUCAUGACAUAGCUGACGACAAUGAGGAAAAGAAAGAUCAUGACAUAGCUGACGACAAUGCCUUAGAAAAAGACGAGUCGGAUGAGAACCCAUUUGCCACAUUCCAAAACACCUUCACCAAGACUCACGAGAAGUUUUGUGCAGUGUUGCAUCAGUUCAGCUCAAAGCCAGCUACACCAAUCUUUGGCAUCACCUCCGCGACGAAGUCGAAGAGCAAGAGGCAGAGCAGGGCUUCCAAGAAACGGGAGAGAAACAACGACAUCCCCAAGUUCGUUAUUGCGGAAAAAACAGAAGGCGCAUCAGAGUGUGUUUCGGAGAUCGGGAAUGGAGAACUAGGAUACGUGCCAAUCCAACUGGAGGAGUCUGAUAAGCUGAUCUACAUGUUGCAGCAAAUACUUGGAGAUGACUUUGGAGAUGAACAAGUGGAUAUGAAGAAUGCCAACAGCCUAAGCCUGCUGACAGAGACCGUAGACAUGGAAAAGGUUCAAAGCAUCAUUACGAGUACCAGUCAAGAUAUUAUGGAUACCCAUUUCCCCAGCGACGAGUUCCCAACCGAGAAAGAAGAGAAGCCGAACCAAGCGACCACGCCAAGGAUGUUCUUUUAGAUAGUGUUGUGAAAUAAUACAUUUUUUUCAU